CCAGUAUGACAAGAGAAGGGCCACUCGAAACAGUUGCUUAUCACGGCCCGAUCUUGGCCGUAGAGAACUUACGAGAUCCCCUUCGAAUGACCAUUGCGGUGGGCAUGGGUCCUUAUAUGCAUUUCACCAAUGGGGAGCAAUCAGAUAUUAUCUUAACCGAAAAACUCUUCCAUCACGAGCAUAUUCACGGCUUGAGGCUUUGCCCUGAUGACACUCUGUUAGUCUGGGCAACAACUCUAUUGGUAUCGGGCAAGGUCACUCGAGAUGUUUCAGGCUCCGUAAUUGGUUUUAUCAAAACCGCACAAGUUGACUGUGAAGACUGGGUCCUCUGCGCGUUAGCGUUGGGUGACCACAUCUGUGCAUCGACAAUGCACAAUGAAAUGCUUGUCAUCGACACUACUACUGCUACCAUCAUUGAGAGACUACAGGCACCCUCCCGAGCAAUACUUUACAGUAGCUGGAUCGAGUGUCUUGGCUCUUCCAAGGCCGACAUUGUGGUGGUUGGUGGUAGUGUUCGAUGGACCUGUCCUGUCUGGCGACCGUUCCACACUGCUGAGUUCCGAGAGAUGGAGGUCCAUCAGGGGUCAGUCUUCAGCGUGAGGGUAUAUGAUGAUGAGCAGUCGGGGCCGUUGGUAUUGAGUUCCUCCGAUGAUCGCAAUGCUACUUUAUGGCGGCUGAACGACGGCUCUGUUAUUGGUACCUAUUCGGGUCACGGUGGACGGGUAUGGUCAGCACUACUCUGUAGUGAUCGGAUAGUAACAGCAUGCGAGGAUGCGAUUGUUCGACUUUUCGAUAGAAAAAGCGGUAAAUGUCUAAGACAGUUCCACGGGCAUCGUCACGGUGGUCACGGUGUCCGCGCCCUUACUAUCUCUACUUCACAUACCACUCUCUCGGCAAUUUCGGCUGGCGAAGAUGCCUCAGUGAAGGUAUGGGAUAUAUCCCUCUCCAGUACAAGUGAUACCGAGUCCUACGAUAAGAAGUGUAUCACACUACCUCCCACUCACCGUAAGGAUUGGAUACGAUGGCUCGGCUUUCUCAACAACAGCAACAACAGCGCCACGCAAAUCUGCGUCGUUUCCAACUUUGGUAUGGUCUACACGGCCGACAGCAGCGCCAGAGAGUCGGGCCUUAGACUCCGCUAUGUAGUGGAGGACGCCCCUGUAGUUGCCGCAGGGGUCUCCAAAACUCGACUAUGGUUUGGUCUAGUUUCUGGAGGUGUUUCUAUCAUCCGCAAAGACACUUUCGACGAUCUCCAAACCAUCGUUGGAGCCGUCGAGCAGCAAGUCGCUGAAAUAUUCCCCAACACCACGACAGAUGAGGUCGUCAUAGUGAAUCGAAGUGGAGAUGUCACACUUGCAUCUGAAGAAGGAGUGGUAGGACGAUUCCGAAUAUCCGGCAGGAAAACCUGUUGUUGCCUUGUAUCGGGGGGCUUCAUCUUAUUGGGCACUGCUAAUGGCACCGUAUGGGUGGUCCAUAAGGACGGCACUGCUCCCAGCAGCGAGUGCCGAUUAUUCAACAGUAAAGUGAGGUUGAUAGCGAUAGAAGUAAAAGGGCGAGUAAACGAGGCUGAGAAGGAGGUCAUAUGCAGUGGGAAUGAUGGAACUGUCAUAACCUCUUUAUGGAAGGAAACCAAUGACGGACUAAUCACGCUCCAACCUAUCUACACUGUACGAGUAUCAGCCAUUCAGCAUCUACUGGGCGUAAGGAGGCCUUCCCCUACAGCCCCUCGAUUGGCUUGGGGGUUCAGCGCUACGGACUUCCUAGUGUGGGAUGUGGACUCUCUGGUCGAGCGAUGGAAGGUGAACUGUGGUGGGCAGCGUCGGCCUUAUGCUUUGACCUUUCAAGAAGGAAAGGCCAUCUUCGUCUACGCUGAUACGGCAAAAUUGGAGUUCACAGUCGCUCAAGCGUCGGGGGCAUCCUGGAUGACAGAAAGCAGUGAAUUCAAUGGCGACCACGGGCGGACCAUACAUGGAGUGUGCGCAGUGGGAGCCGAUCAGAUGUAG